CACCGACCUACCGUUUCAUUUGACUCCUCAGUCUCUAUGAUCAAGAUUAUAUGAUUCAGACGAAGUUUCGACGAUAACCCAACUCCAUUGCGGCCCAAGCGACUGCUCGCAAGAUUCACCUCAGAGCAGCACCUCCGAACCUCCGCACUCCAUCCCGCCGUCCCCUAUCAGAUAUAAUGGUGCUCGAGCUACACGUCUGGGGACCAGCUUUCGGACUCCCCUCAAUUGACGCAGAGUGCAUAGCUACCGCAGCUUUCUUGAAUUGUACCCUGACAGAUGAAGACUGGACGAUAUCAGCCGCGCACGAUCCGGCUUCAAGUCCGACAAAAAGCUUUCCGGCGCUCAAGGAUGGCGAUCAAUGGAUAGGCGGCUACCACGCAAUCGUUCGGCAUAUCAGGAAGCAACCGCGCCCGUCAUCGCGACUUGACGAGGCUCUUGAUGCUCAGCAAGAAGCCGACACCAUAGCCUUUUCUGCCCUCCUCGAGCGCCAUGCCCUCCCCCUCAUCGACAUAGCCCUCUACACAUCCUACGAGAACUACUCCUCCACCACCCGUCCCGCAUACACACGCAUCCUCCCAUGGCACAGCAACUACUCCAUCCCCCCAUCCCGCCGCUCCGCCGCCCGCUCACGCACCGCCCAUCUCGGCCUCCGCUCCCUUGACGUCGACACAACCCACGACAGCCUCGAUACAGGCCACACCACCAUCUCCACGCCGUCCGCCCGCUUCGAAGCCGAGAAGCGCGCCGCGACCGCAUCCCUCCAGCAAACCCCCAAACCCGCCUUCUGGAAUCGCAACCGCACCACCCUCAACCAAGCCUUACUCACCUCCAAAUUCAAGCUCGACGCCCUCACGAAAUCGCUCCUCGACCCCCUCUCCGACGUCCUCGCCGAAAAGCCAUACCUCCUCACCACCUCCCUUCCCACAUCCCUCGACUGUCUUGCCCUCGCAUACCUCUCCCUCCUCCUCUUUCCGCCCGUCCCUCAAGCUUUCGUCGCCGAUACCAUGAAGACACAAUACCCACGCUUAGCCGCCUAUACUACCCGUCUCCGUGCCUCGCUACUGGGCGGUGAUGUCGACGUUGCCGCUGUACUCGCACUUAAUGACGGCGUUCCCCCGAAUACAGACGACGUCCGCCGUGCCCGCGCGUGGAAGAUGCUGCAGCUGCCCUGGGUCCCUGCGCCCACGGCCUCGUUUGGCGCUGGCGUGUAUAGCGUCGCGGGACAGGUGCUUGCGCAGCUGCCGUUUGCGGGUAGGUACCUGAACAGCACAGAGAUUGUGCAUGCGGACGCGGAUAUGGUCCCGGAUUCGUCGCGUGGAAGUAACAGCAUGCUUGCCGAGAAUAUAUUCCACGUCUCCGCGGGUGUCCUGGCGGCUGUUGUCGCAGGCACGACGUAUCUUGCAUUUGGACAUGCGCAGCAGCGGACGGAUAAUUUGAUUUUUGAGCGCCAGAAUGGGCGGAGACGAGGGGGUGUCGCUAGUGGUGGGCUCGGGGAUGCAGGGGACUUUCUGAAUACUGCAUUGGGAGGGGGAUAUGGGUUGAGAUAUUAAGCUCAUUGGGGAGGCUUGUGUAAGGAUAGCGCCAUGCGACGUAAGGUUGUUUUGAAAAUUAAAAUGGUUGACUGAUGGAUAGACAUAGUCCCCAUCUUUAUAAGAAAUCUAGAUUGAAAUCUGUGACUGAUCGACUGACUACGCACGCUAUAACGCUGUUGCUCUAUUCAUUUCCAAGCAAUGGCACUCACAUGAAAACAAGGGAGACAAGGAGGCGAAAGACAAGGAAAGAGAGCCCCCUCCCUCGAAGAAAAAAUUCAA